GCUACUAGCCUGUUAAUGCUAGCUAGUUAAUUCAGACGGACAUUGCGUGGGAAUGCGGUGUGUGGACUGUCAACAACAUCCCCCUGCAAUUACGUAAUGUUGCUAGCUAGCUAGGUGGCUAGCUUUGGCUGGGUUUGGAUAUUACGGUGUGCCAUAUCCCCGGCGAAAUUGACUUUCGAGGACCGCAGUUGAGCUAACUAGCGCUAGCUGGGUAGCUAGCGUUAGUGGUGCAGGGUUUUGCUAGCAAACGGUUAUUUAGCAUGCUGCUGUCCACCAGCAGCGGUUUAUUCUCCCGCUAGCUGCGGUCCCUUCACCGGAGGCAAUCUGGCGGCCCUUCGGCUAGAGGCGGAGGAGAAGGAACUGGGGGCCAUGGCCUGGGUGCUGAAGAUGGACGAUGCCACCAUCGAGUCAGGGCUGGUACACGACUUCGAUGCCAGUCUUUCGGGCAUCGGGCAGGAGCUGGGGGCUGGCGCCUACAGUAUGAGUGAUGUGCUGGCCCUGCCAAUCUUUAAACAGGAGGACUCCAGUCUUCCUUCAGACUGUGAGAGCAGCAGUCUCAACCCUCCCUUCCAGUACGUUCUCUGUGCUGCCACCUCCCCUGCUGUCAAACUACACGAUGAGACACUCACCUACCUGAACCAAGGCCAGUCUUAUGAGAUCCGUAUGCUGGACAACCGAAAGCUGUCCGAGUUACCAGAGAUUAACAACAAGAGUGUCAAGAGCAUCGUUAGGGUGGUGUUUCAUGACAGAAGACUCCAGUACACAGAGCACCAGCAACUGGAGGGGUGGAAAUGGAAUCGCCCUGGAGACCGUCUCCUAGAUAUCGACAUCCCCCUGUCAGUGGGUAUUGUGGAGGCGAAGGCCAACCCCGCUCAGCUCAACGCUGCCGAAUUCCUCUGGGACCUCAACAAGAGAGCCUCCGUGUUUGUGCAGGUUCACUGCAUCAGUACAGAGUUCACCCCUAGAAAGCAUGGAGGAGAGAAGGGAGUUCCCUUCAGGAUCCAGAUCGACACUUUCAGACAGGGAGACAACGGAGAGUACACUGAACACCUCCACUCUGCCUCCUGCCAAAUCAAAGUCUUCAAGCCAAAGGGGGCAGACAGGAAACAGAAGACUGACAGAGAGAAGAUGGAGAAACGAACGUCUCAGGAAAAGGAGAAGUACCAGCCCUCCUACGACACAACCAUACUAUCAGAGAUGAGGCUGGAGCCCAUCAUAGAGGAGGCAGGAGACUAUGAGCUGAAGAAGUCCAGCAAGCGGACGCUGCCGGCUGACUGUGGGGACUCGCUGGCCAAGAGAGGCACUUGUUCUCCGUGGCCUGAUGCCUACAUCAGCUCUCCCCAGACAGCUGGCCCCUCUUUCUCCUCUACACCGCUCUCCACAUACACUGCCUCCUCUGUACCUGACAGUGGCCCCUCGUCGCCCAAUCACCAGACAGACCCUGUCAGCCAAGUCGUCACAGAGCAGCUCAGUCCUACGGCUACCAUCAAGGAGGCUCAGAAGUGGCUUGUCAAGAACCGCUUCAACACAUAUGCACGACUCUUCUCCCACUUCUCAGGUUGUGACUUAAUGAAGUUGACCCGGGAUGACCUGGUUCAGAUCUGUGGAGCUGCUGAUGGAAUCAGACUCUUCUACACACUCAGAUCCAGGUCGGUGCGUCCCAGGUUGACCAUCUAUGUGUGUCAGGAGGGUGAUGUGGAGAGCCCCCUGCUGGAGAGACGCUGCGACAGCGAGAACGGAGAGCACAGUGACUCACCUAACUUAUAUGUAUACCAUGCUCUAUACCUGGAGGAGCUGACGGCUGCUGAGUUGAUCAGGAAGAUGGCGUGUGUGUGUGGUGUUCCACUGGGACAGAUCAACCAGGUCUACCGACAAGGACCCACAGGAAUACACAUACUGCUGAGUGACCAGGUGGUUUAUAACUUACCUGAUGAGAGCUGCUUUCUCAUUGGCACACUCAAAGAUGAAACGGGGGAGGGGCUCCACCUGGUUUUGAAGUAGCGAUGGAGGACGAGAGCGUGAUGACAUCACUGAAAACUCCUCCCUCUGUGAAUAGCAGAGCAGUCUCCCUCCCUCCCUCCCUCUCUCUCUCCUAUCGUUCAGAUUGCUAUGUGUAAGGCAGAAGGACAGAGGGACUGAACUGAAGCCAUGUUAACGUUAGAAUCUGACGCGGGUGUGACCACUGUUUCAUAUUGAAAACACUAUUACUGAGGGGGAGAGAGGGGGAGGCUUGUGGCGUGUUUUAUUCUCUCCAUUUCUUUAUAGUUUUAUAAGUGGGGAGGGGUAGGCUGCCCCCCACAGAGAGGCUCAUAGAGGCAGUGCUUUAGGCUUCAGCCAGGGCUAGGCCAGUAGUCAGUGCUGUAAUGCCAUGUGACUUGAACAUACAGAUUGAUGGACAGACAGACGGACCCCAGACGUUUGAUCUCUUUUGCUUUGACUGAGACUCGACAACUUCCACGGAAGCAGAGCUGGCAACUAAUAAACUCAAACAGAACAAACUGUCUAGAACAUGUCAGUCAUUCCUCUGAGGGCCAAAUGUCUGCAGAUUUGUGCUCCACCCUUGUACUUUAUUGGUGAAUUAAGGUCAGUAAUUAGUAAGUAACUUCCCUCACCUGGUUGUCUAGGUCUUAAUUGAAAGGAAAAACCUGCAGACACUCGGCCCUCCCAGGAAUGAGUUUGACGCUGAUCUUGAACAACAGUCUCUGUGUGGUUGUGUAUAUUGUGUAGAACACAGUAGUCUAGAUAUGAACGUUCUAGAUCUGUUCCCAGACAUUCUAGAACUAGUGAGGAUGGGGGUCCUCUUAGCCAAUCAAGUCAAGAUUUGACUGUUAGGGGUGUUAGCAUUCUGUUAGCCAGUGUCUAACAGGGCCUGUUCUGGUUCAUGUAUCAUAUGAACCAAGUCUGAUACCAUAAUAUACAGCCUGCUUUCAUAGACUAGACACAGUAAAUGUAAAUCCGGGACACUCAAAUUAGUAUGAUACACGACAUGACCAAAAGUAUGUGGACACCUGCUCGUCAAACAUCUCAUUCCAAAAUCAUGGGCAUUUAAUAUCGAGUUGUCCCCACCCCCUUGCUGCAAUAACAGUCUCAACUCUUCUGGGAAGGCUUUCACCUAGAUGUUGGAAUAUUUCUGCAGGGACUUGCUUCCAUUCAGCCACGAGCAUUAGUGAGGACAGGCACUGAUAUUGGGCUAUUAUGCCUGGCUCUCAGUCUGCCUUUCAAUUCAUCCCAAAGGUGUUCGAUGUGGUUGAGGUCAGGGCUCUGUGCAGACCAGUGAAGUUCUUCCACACCGAUCUCGAUAAACCAUUUCUUUAUGGAUCUCUUUGUGCACGGGGGCCACAAAGUUGGAAGCACAGAGUCGUCUAGAAUGUCAUUGUAUGCUGUAGCAUUAAGAUUUCCCUUCAUUGGAACUAAGGGGCCUAGACCGAACCAUAAACUGUCCCAGACCAUUAUUCCUCCUCCAUCAAACUUUACAGUUGGUACUAUGCAUCGGGGCAGGUAACGUUCUCCUGGCAUUCGCCAACCUCAGAUUCGUCCGUCGGACUGCCAGAUGGUGAAGCGUGAUUCAUCACUCCAGAGAACGCGUUUCCAUUGCUCCAGAGUUCAAUGGCGGCGAGCUUUACACCAAUCCAGCCAACGCUUGGCAUUCCUCAUCGUGAUCUUAGGCUUGUGUGCGGCAGCUCGGCCAUGGAAACCCAUUUCAUUAAGCUCCCAAUGAACAGUUCUUGUGCUGACGUUGCUUCCAAAGGCAAUUUGAAACUCGGUAGUGAGUGUUGCAACCGAGGACAGACUAUUUUUUUUGUGAUCCCGUUCUGUAAGUUUGUGGCCUGCCACUUUGCGGCUGAGCCGUUGUUGCUCUUAGACGUUUCCACUUCACAAUAACAGCACCUACAGUUGACCGGGGCAGCUCUAGCAGGGCAUACAUUUGAUGAACAGACUUGUUGGAGAGGUGGCAUCCUAUGACUGUGUCACGUUGAGUCACUGACAUUCGACUUCCAAUGUUUGUCUAUGGAGAUUGCAUGGCGGUGUGCUCGAUUUUAUACACUUGUCAGCAACGGGUGUGUCUGAAAUAACCGAAUCCACUCAUUUGAAGGGAUGUCCACAUACUUCUGUAUAUAUAUAGUGUAUGUUAUGUUUGGUAUGGUUACAUUAGACCAAAGGUUACCUAAAGCAAAAACGAAAGGAGCGUGUUCAAAUAUCAUCACGGACAACUUCAGCAUUUUAGCUAAUUAGCAACUUUGCAACUACUUAGUACUUUUUUAGCUGCUUUGCAGCUUCUUAGCAUGUUAGCUAACUCUUGCCUUAACUCUUUAACCCACCUCCUAACCUUAACCCCCAAACCUAACCCCUAGCCUAGAUAUCGUUAGCAAACUAGCUAAUGUUAACCACCCUUAGAUGUCAGUGGUGGGAAAAGUACGAAGUAUCCAUACUUGAGUAAAAGUAUAGAUACCUUUUUAUAGAAAGUUACUUAAUUAAAAGUGAGUCGGAUUGUAUAAUACUACUUGACUAAAAGUCUGAAACUAUUUGGUUUUAAAUAUACAUAAUUUAUCAUUCCUUAUAUUAAGCAAAGCAGACAGCACCAUUUUCUUGUUAUUUAAAUUUAUGGAUAGCCAGGGGCACACGGAGUUUGACAAUUUUCCUGUCCUGCUUAGCAUUCAAAAUAUGAGUACUUUUGGUUGUCAGGGAAAAUGUAUGGAGUAAAAAGUACAAUAUUUUGUUUAGGAAUGUAGUAAAGUAAAAGUUGUCAAAAAUAUAAAUAAGUGAAGUACAAAUACCCCAAAAUACUACUUAAGUAAAAAAUACUUUGAAGUACUACUUAAGUACUUUACACCACUGGCUAAUGUUAACUACAACAAAUUGGAAUUCUUAACAUAUUGUACAUUUUGAAAAGGACAAAUUGCGAAUCGUAACAUAAGAAAUGGAUGAUGGACAUCCACAAAUUAGUGGCAUUAUAUGACAUUAUUUUAUUUAAGUAGGCAAGUCUGUUAAGAACAAAUUCUUAUUUACUAAGACAGCCAAACCCGGACGACGCUGGGCCAAUUGUGCACCACCCUAUGGGACUCCCAAUCACGGCCGGUUGUGAUACUAAAUUAAGUGUCUCGGAUUUACGUACAGAUUAAUACUGAGACCACGUUGCAAUAUACCCCAGCCUAUUUCAGAGCAGGACAGAGGAUUUCCACUGGAGACCCAGCCUGUGUAAGCAUCAUGGAUACUUGUUUCACCCAACUCAAGUCUCUUAAAUGACAUAUUUUUACUGUCUCUUUUAACGUUUUUAGUUUGUCUUUUGAUGAUGGUAGUUUCUUUGUUUGUCUGUUGUGUAAGAUAAUGUGUCUCUGAUGCCAUGCUUCUCACUGUUCGCUAGGCUUCGUUUUAUUUUUCUCACACAUACACUACCCUACAUGUUUAUUUGGACAGUGAAGCUAAAACUUUUGAUUUGGCUCUAUACACCUGGAUUUGAGUUCAAAUGUUUUGUUGAGGCGACAGUACAGAAUGUUGCCUUUUAUUUGAGGGUAAUUUCAUACAUAUUUUAACAUUUAGAAAUUAAUGCACUUUACGUAUCUAGAUGCACAAAGAUCAUAUCCCCAAAUCAUGCAUACCUCUCACCAUUACCAAUCACAGGAGGGUAUAAUUUUGUUUGGGGGGGGGGGGGGGGGUAUUGAUAUUUAAGCCUGUAACUUCCUCACUCAUCAUUAUUCAUGAUUUAGCCAUGAUUAUCUGUAAUAAUGGUAGCAUCCACAUUAAUAUAGAUGUGUUCAGAAACAUUAUUUACAAUAAAUGUGACUCCAAAAUGACAAUACUUUAUUUACCACUAAUUUCUACUGGGCACAAAAUAAUCUGAAACACAACCAAAACAAACUGAAAGUGCAUCCAACAAGUUUGUAGAGUCACAAGCUUGAUGUAGGCAUUGCGUGACAGGAAUAUGGGGCCAAAUACUAAACUGUUGUUUAAAUUGAAUACACUAUAUUUCUAUUUGUCCAAAUACUUAUGACACCUUAACUGGGGGGACUAGAUACAUAGCACUUUCAUUUCUAUAUGGUAAAACAUAUGUAUGAAAAUACCCUCAAAUAAAAGGUGAAAUUCUUUACUGUCACCUCAAACAUUUGAUCUCAAGUUCAAAAUGCUGGAAUAUAGAGCCAAAUUAAAAGGUUUAGCUUCACUGUCCAAAUAAAUAUUUAGGGGGUGGACACUGACUAUACUCAGACUAUUGACAUGAAGGAGAGGGGCAAGGCUUAAAUAAACUCACUAUGAAAUGGACCAAACUGAUUUGGGAAGAAGUCGAUGUUAGAACAGGUGUGUCUGGUAGUGAAACCAGGGGCGUAUCCAAGGUGUAGCCUUCCUUCACACCUGACAGGAUGGGCUGGAAACCCUGUCUGUGUUCUUAGAUCUGUCACUGGCUGUAUAGUUAGUCGUUGACUGCAGGCAGUGGAAACUGGCUGUGUGAGUAUGUGUGCAUGUGUUUAUCUUCCCCUACCCCACAGCAAUUAUUGCCAAGGCUAACUUAGUUUAAUUUCAGUAGUUAUCACUGCUUUCCCACUUGGCAUGAACCCUGCUUAGUUUGCCUUUUAGUAAAGAGCAUGAGUUGGCGGAGGAGAGUAAGAAGGUUGUUUUUUUUGUCCGAAAAAGUGUAGCCCAGUCAUCCCUAUUUUCUCCCCCAGAAAUAAAAGACCAAGUCUGCACUGAAAACCACAGAAAUCCAACUUGAUGUAGUGUGUUGUUUGUGAACCACGCCCUUCACGGAACCUGGGAGAAAUAAAGUGAAUAUUAUUAAUAAUGUUGAAGUGAAACUGAACAUCACCUCCAUUGUGUGUCACCUACUUCAACAACACCAGAGACUGAGGAGCACAGGGGCCUGUUCAGGGUGGUGCAUCAUUACACAACGUUAAGAUAGAAAUGUAUGGUGUUGAACGGAUAUGAUCGUCUGUCAGAUAUAAUAGGGAUUCAUGGAAGCUCUAUUCAUUCUAUUUUUUAUCUGCAACGUUCAGAACGUAUACACCCCAGCUCUACAGACCUUGGUCAAACACAGAAUGCGGGGAGUCUUUCACACAGAAAUGUAUGUGUAAAAAAUGUGUAAUACAGUGAUACCUGUCCUAGUUCUAGCAACUUGUGUUCCCUGUCUCUGUGUGUCAGUGAGGAGGUGAUCACUGUGUUUCUGUACAGCCUACAGUCAAACUGGAGAUGCACACACACACACACACACUUCUGUUCUGGAAAUAAAACGAUUUCAUAAAGA